CGCGCCUAGAAACGGUUUGAAAUUCUUUUUCGUGAAAUUACAGUUCAAUUCGUGUAAAAUAUCUAAAGAAAGAUUUUAAGAUGUAAAAGAUUUUUUCAAAGUAGUUAUUUUAAUGUGAACUGUUUAUACAACACUCGCUUAAAAGACGAUAUUUCACAGUAAAGUUAUUAAUUGUGAUGCAUUUCAAUAAACUAUGAGUGCCUUCGAGGUGAAAGUAACUCCGACUCGUGGCCAGCCGCUGCGACGCACGGAAUCGCGAGAACCUACCCUUGUUUCGCUAGGCCCAUUUACUCCGAAGGCAACGGUUAUCUUUGAAGGAGUUCCUGUUGGAAAAACCGCUCGUCGCCAGCUGUUUGUCAAACAUCCAUACAAUGAAGUGAUUAAGGUAUUAGUGACUAAAAUUCCUAAGCCGGAAAUUAACUUGACAUUGGCAUGGACCUCAUCGGAAAUAGGUUCGGGAGAAGAACGGGAACUAGAGCUAGUGUGGAAUCCAACAAAAGCAGUAGCAAUCAAGGAAAUCCUCCAGAUGAGCGACAGUUGUGGCAGCAAGAAGGAUAUUACAAUAAUUCUCAAAUCUGUGGAACCCAAGAAGGCACCAGUCAAGGCUUCUACAAAAUCUGCUACCAUUGUUCCGAAAAAGUUAAAACUUAAAUCACCAUCACCACCCAAACCGCAGGUGAAGCGAACUGUUUUGAUGAAAAGGCGUGAAUCACCGAUGAAGAUGUCCUAUCAAUCUCCACCAUCCGCCCGACCCGUACCGAAAGUUCGAGCUUUAAAACCUAGUAACGCCUCGAACAUAUUCAACUCCAGCGAAUUCGAAUUUUCCACCUUUUCGUCGGAACCUGUGGACCAUUGUAAAAUGAUUAAUAAGGAAAAUGUCAGUCCAGAGACUCCAGAAAAUGCUUCAAAACUUUUUAGUGAUAUCAAGUUUACCCCCUCUAACAAAACGGAUAUCUCUUACCUCGCAGAUUUGCCAACUCCGGUACAUUUCUCAAAAGUGGAAGAUAUACGACUUGACAGAUCUGGCACGAUCAGAAAGCAACUGAGUGUUUCACCAAAUAUUUUCAAGUACAACUGUGAAGAAGAAACAUCGAGAAUAGUCUUGUCAGAUCAAAGCGUUUUGGCCUUGAAGGAAACACCUAAAUCAAGCUAUCAAAUAGAUCGAACGGCAACCCUCGCCGAACAAUUUACUUUAACGCCAUUGAAUCGAGAAAAUAUCCUUUUCGAAAAGAAAGAAUUCGAUCCAAAUUAUUUUUCAACCACAGCAAAGGAUGUAAGGCUGAAGGAUGCAGAAGUACAAAAUGAGGCGUUGAACAAAGACAUCAAUAGACAACUGAAUUUUUCAUAUGAAUUUGAGCUUAACGAAAUGCAAAUGAAAGAUUCCCCAGUUGCUUCCCUUCAAGCGGAAUCCUUCCAUGCAGCGAAUAGUGGUUCCCCUUGCAACGAAAUACAGUUGGUGUUCCUCAACAAUUUGGAAGCAGCUCUGAACGAACAACCAGUAGUGCUGAAUAAAACUCAAACGGUAUCACCAUACGACUCGCAUUCUCAGCUUUCGAUUAUAGUAGAAGAAAGCUCCCGCGAUUUAGGAAUUACGUACCAUACGAAUGCAGCUGUUGAACACGAACCGGAAGAGCUGAAAAUUCACCAGAAAACAUUUGAUAUCACCAACAUGAUUAAAUCAAACUCGGACGAUAACAUUGUGAAAAAUCUAACAAUGGAUAUUAAAAGAGGUUCAAUGCCCAAUCUCAAUGGCGAAGUAGACGAAGAAGUACGCAUGUUUGUAGAGCACGAAAUUCGUGCCCAAUCCAGUCGUUUCAAUCUACACGAAAUCGAUCAAGCCAGCAACGAAUUGAAGUCACCGAGAGGUAAACGAACACUGGACAGAUACUCGCUAGAUAGUGAAAAGGAUGAACCGCUAUCGAUGCAAAUUUCACCUCCCAAGAAAAGCAAGUUGACACCACCGCCUUCGCGCCCGGCCGGUGCCGUCGUAAAUAGUUGGACCGGGCCGAAAGUUCCAGCGAAGAGUCGUCUCACGAGUCAAAGCGAGCGAUCGAAAUUUCAGAUACCGAAAAGCACCGUCCCGCGUAACCUUUCGCUCAAACGACCACCGGCAUCCAUAAUGGUUGCCAGGAAGUUCAAUGCCGAGGAAAAACGAGUCUUUCUGUACGACUCAGAUCAUCAUCUUAAAACACUGAUCAAUCCGGAUCCCUUUGCUGCGACUACCACGUGCGAUCCGUUUCUCACCGCUACGAUGUACCUGGAUGAACGAUCUUUCGAAAAGCACGAACGACAACUGAAAAAGUGGCUCAACGCAUUAAUCACCAUACCGGCCGAUUUGGAUACCGAACCGAGCAAACCGGUUGACGUGGGCAAACUGUUCGAUGAAGUUAAAAGCAAGGAUCUAACGCUCGCUCCAACGAAGGAACUUAUAUCUUCGAAUUACUAUAAAAAUCGAUUGAAUCAAUUGAGAAGUUCCGGAAUCUCCCUGUACUUUAAAGAGCAGGUAGCAGAACCGCUGCGAAAGGUUCGAGCUGCGAUCGAGAAGAAAUCUAUAGCACUACGAACUGAUCAAGAUCUGCACUUGGAUUUGGUUUUACAAAGAAAUAUUCUUGAACUGCUUCUCUGCUUCAACCCGCUCUGGCUAAGACUAGGACUGGAAGUUACGUUUGGUGAACAGAUUGAGCUCCUAUCGAAUCGAGAUAUUAUUGGUUUGAGUACAUUCAUCGUCAAUAGGUUAUUUCGCGAUCGUUAUCUAGAAGCGAAAAACUCACGAGCUUACAGUUUAUCUCCUGCCUAUGCAGAACACAUGAAAAAGUUCACUUUUCGCAUGUUCCUGUUUUUACUAUUCUUCCUAGACACCGCGAAAUCACAACGGUUAAUCAAACAUAACCCUUGCUUGUUCGUUCGAUCUGCGCCAUACAAAGAGACUAGAGAAAUCCUAAUUCGGUUCUCGUCUCAUCUCAUUGCCGGUAUCGGCGAUAUCACAAAGCAUUUGAAACGGUUUGGAUAUGUGUUGACUCACAAGCAAACAUACCUGGACGAGUUUGAUUAUGCAUUCGAAAAUCUUGCCGUUGAUCUCCGAGAUGGUAUCCGGCUGACCCGAGUAAUGGAGAUAAUUUUGCUGCGAGACGAUUUAACUCAAAGUUUACGGGUUCCGUCGAUUUCACGAAUGCAGAAGAUUCACAAUGUCAACCUAGCGUUGAAAGCCCUAGAGGAGGCGGAUUAUCAGAUAGCAGGAGACAUCACUGCCAAGGAUAUCUGCGAUGGUCACAGAGAGAAGACACUGUCAUUAUUGUGGCAGAUUGUGUAUAAAUUUCGCGCUCCGAAAUUUAAUGCUGCCGCCAACGUGAUAAGGACUUGGUGGAAAAACAAUUGGCUCAAGGUGGUAAUUAGCAGGAGAAUUGAAGAAAAGAAGCGAAAGCGAAGGGAAUUGGCGGCGGUAAAGAUACAAGCCGCCUACCGGGCAUUUCGUGCAAGGCAACAGUUUAUGCAAAUGCGUCGCGAGAAGUUGCAGGCGGUGGUAAUCUUGCAAAAGUAUACUCGAAGAUACUUGGCUCAGAAGUGUGCCGCACAGCAAUACUCAUCUAUUCUGCGUAUCCAACGCUGGUGGCGUUCGGUACAAUACACAAAAUCGGUGCGGGAUCGAUUUUUGCUGCAACGGAAAAGUACCAUCCUCAUCCAGACCAGUUUUCGUCAUCACGUGCUUGCAAAACGGCUGCUGGCUGCAUCGGGGGUCAUUCGUAAAAUUCAAGCGGAAGCUCGCUUGAGGCACGAGAAAGCCAUUGUCAUUCAACGUGUAGUUAAAUCGUAUACGAUCCACCGAAAACUGCAGUCCAUCGUAAUGGGAAUGGUUGCGUUUAACAGACGCAAGGCGCUAAAAUAUCGGUCGGCUUCAAAAAUCCAAGCCAUGAUUAGAAUGCGUAAGGCUCGACUGGCGUUCUUACGGUUGAGAGAUGCUACCAUCAUGAUACAACUUCGAUGGAAGGAAUGUUUACUUGCUAGAAAGCAAAGGCUACAGUUCUUAGAGAUGAGAAGAAGUUCAAUUGCAAUUCAGCAGCGAGUUCGUGGUUACUUUCUAAUGAAGCAAAACACGAUAAAGUACCAAAAGCAGCGUGCCAACAUAAUGAUUAUUCAACGAAAGUUUAGAGCAAAGAUGGAAAUGAGAAAGCAGAGAUCCCUGUACCUUCGAUUGAAACAAACAGCAAUUGUUGUUCAGCAGCGGUACAGAGCACUGAUCGAAAUGAGAGAGUGUAGAAGUAAUUUCCUACAAAUGAAAUCUGCUGCGGUAGUGUUACAGCGAAGGUUCCGUGCACGACAAUCCAUGAAAGUUACAAGGAACCAAUUUACCGAACUGAAACGUACUACUAUUAUCAUUCAACGACAGUACCGAGCACAAAUUGCAAUGAGACAAGCUCGCUGCAUAUACCAACUGACCAGAUCUGCGUGUAUUAUAAUCCAACAACAAUUGCGGGCAACGAUUGCAAUGAAGCGGCAAAGACUCGAAUUUUUAGCUAUUCAAUAUUACACUGUCGUUAUACAGAGACAGUUUCGAGCAAAUAUCAUAGCUAGAAAUCAACGUGAAGAGUACCUGAAAUUGAAAUCAGCUGCAAUAUGUAUUCAACAACGGCUGCGAACUACUUUACUCACUCGUCAAAUACAGAGUUACUAUCGGAAACAAUAUCAGGCAGCGGUCCAUAUUCAGAGAUUUUGGAGAAGUGUUCUGAUAAAGCGCAGAACCAGAGAAAAUUAUUUGGUUAAGCGCACAGCUGCCAUUAAGAUUCAAAGAUAUUUCCGAGCAUAUUUGUUAACCAAGAAAACUCGCGGUAUCUUUAUCAGCAUGCGAUCUGCAGCCAUCAGAAUACAACAAAAGUAUCGUGCGACAAUUCAAAUGCAGAGACAGAAGCGAAUCUUCGAUGCCCUAGUCAAAGCGACUGUGGUAUUUCAACAGCAAUUUAGAGCUGUUAAAGCGGCUCGCACACAAGCGACCGAGUACAUGAAGUUAAGGAAAGCCUCUAUCUGUAUUCAGCGACGCUGGCGAGCACAUGUUUCAAUGAAAAGAUGUCGCGAAGAGUACGAAACAUUCAGGAAAUCUGUUGUUACUAUUCAGACUCGGUACCGCGCGCUAAAACUGAUGAAACUAACGCAACAGAAGUACCAGCAAACACAAGCGGCGGUCGUUUAUAUCCAGCUAAAAUAUCGUGCGAAACGUGAAAUGGAACGUGUCUGCGGACAGCAUUUGAAUUUGAAAAGUGCCACAAUCGUUAUUCAGCAGUAUUUCCGAGGGUAUUUGGAAAUGAAACGACAGAGAGCUAUUUUCCUUGAAAUUAAAUCGGCAACGUGUUGUUUGCAGCAGCGAUUCAGAGCUUUGAGGAUAAUGAAAUUGCAGAGAAUGCAGUAUGUGAAACUUAAAUCAUCUGCCACCAUAAUCCAGCGACAGUUCAGAUAUUAUUUAUUAAUGAAACAUCACCGUACUGAGUUUCUACAUCUCAGACAUGCAUGCAUUGUUGUUCAAACUAGAUAUCGAGCAAGAUUAGCAAUGGUUGCUGCAACACGUCAUUAUGAAGUUCUACGAUCUUCCACUUUGACAAUUCAGCGACAAUGGCGUGCAACUUUAACCAUGAGACAACAUCGAAACAAAUAUCAAGCAAUUCUAAGAGCUGUCCAAGUCAUUCAAACCUACUACAGAGCUUACAAGCUGCGCCUUGUGGACCAGUGCAACUAUCGAAUCUACCGAAGCGCCAUUAUUGUCGUGCAGCGUCGAUUCCGUGGAAACCUUCAAAUGCAUAGGGCGCAUACACGUUUCCAGCAUUUAAAAUUAAUAACACUUCGACUACAAGCCCGAGCUCGAGGCUAUCUCGCUCGUCAAGCAUUCCAAUCAAAACUAACACCCGAAUACUUUGAACGGCGCCAACAGGAAGUUGCUGCCAAACGGAUACAAUCCUGCUGGCGAGGUUACCAUCAUCGGAAACAUUAUCAGACGCCGUCGAUGCGUGAUGUUGCCCUUCGAAUGAUGGCUAGCCGGCGGGAGGCCUUACGCGAUCCUUCCAAUCGGGUUAGUAACAUCCUUCGGUCCUGUAUGAAGUUUAUGAAAACGCGAUUCGCCGUACAUGAAGCGAUCAAGGUUCUUCUUCGGAUCGAGCAUAUUUCACGAUUGGUUCCGCAUUUGCUCUCAAAAGAUUCGAUUUUCCUUGCCAGUUUCUGCUACAUGACGAUGGCCCAAGCCAUUCGAUCCGAACUGGAUAAGCAACUUAUUGAAAUUUGUGCCAGGAUUAUUCUGAACAUGGCUCGUUUCCAGGGAACCAAGGAAGAAGCUUUUCAGGAAAAUGGUCUGAUUACGGUAUCUCAGAUGCUUCUUCGUUGGUGCGAUAAGGAGUGCGGCAUCUUCAAUACGCUUUGCACACUACUGUGGGUUUUAUCGCACGAUGUGCUUAAGAAGAAUGCCAUCCGACAUUACAUGAUAUCGCGUGAGGCUAUCUUCAUGCUGCGUGAAACAAAAAAGCUUGUCCAGCGUAAAGAAAAUAUGCGUAAGAACGUCAAGAAACCUGUUGGGUGUCUCGUGCCGCCAGAUCCGACAUUGAUGCGAAUGGAACCCAUUCUCGUGCCUGACUACGGGGUGAUACGUUGUAAACCGUACGUUUUCUACUCCUCGGUAUUUGCAUUCGAUACAGUGCUAAACGUGCUGGAUGUAGACAUUUCAUAGUCGCACUGUCGGACUGUUGCCCGAUUGGACACCACGUAUGUAUCUCAAUACGGCUAUUGCAGCUUUACGUAUUAUUUUUGAAGUAAAUUAUAUAUUCUAAUUUGUUACGUUAUUAUAGCAACAAAACCAAGUGUUUAAUGCAAAAAUGAAUAUAAGUUACUGUCAAUAGAAACACUA